GCAUACACACACACACACACACACACACACACACACACACACACACACACACACACACACACACACACACACACACACAAUUUGAUCAAGUUCUCACCUUUCUGUUUUUUGUGAGUGCCUUGCCCUAUAUGGAUUAUCAGUGCUUACUGGGAGGCAGUUAAAGUCAAAGAAUUGUUGAACAGCACAUGAUAAAGGAUAUCAUGCUUAAAGCUCAGGUGCAAAUCUGACAGUGUUUUGGAGGUUAGACGUUAGAGUUUCUAAACUGUGGGGGAGAAAAGGUGAAUCUUUGGGCUCAAAGGAAGAGAUAUCACAAGGUGGGGGAGGUGAAGGAAGCAACCCCACACACUCUCACAUGGUGAAGACAGAUUGCUCGAGUUUGUUACAGGAAAAGUCUUUAUCUGGAAUCCUCCUAAUGGAGCCUAGGAGAACCUCUAUCCCAAGACUUCUUACAAUCUACAUCGGCUAAAAUAGACACACGCACACAAGCGCGCGCCCACACACGCACACACACACACACACACACACACACACACACACACACACACACACACACACACACACACAGUAAACUGCUUUCAUUAUGGAAGCACUGAGAGAAUCAUUACUCCAUGUAACCUUUCAGAUGUCAUCCUACAAGCGAGCUACCUCGGACGAAGAGGAACUGAUAGACACCACCCCUGACAGAGUGUAUCAGUCUCCAACCGUGCAGGUGCUGGAACACAGACUGGGUUCCAGGUUUUGGACUGAGCGAAGUCAUGUGGAGAAGAAGCUUCUUGUUGUGGUUUGUGGUCUCUCCCUGGCAUUAUUCAUAUGCCUCCUGACAUUGGGUCUGCAUUAUAAAGAGACACACCCAGGGCUGUGUCUGACUGAACCAUGUGUGAGUGUAGCAGCGGCUGUAAUGGGAGCUUUGGACCACUCAGUGGACCCAUGUAAUGACUUUUACAGCUAUGCGUGUGGUGGCUGGAUGAAGAAAAAUCCGCUUCCAGAAGGCAAGUCACGAUGGGAUACCUUCAGCAAUCUCUGGGAGCACAACGUGGCUGUCAUGAAGAAUUUACUAGAGAGCACAGAUCAACAAGGCCUGAGUAAAGCGCAGCAGAAGGCCUUGAAAUACUACAAAGCCUGCAUGAAUGAGUCCAAGAUCGAGGAGCUGGGAGCACACCCCUUACAGGAGUUCAUUAACCAGACAGGAGGUUGGGCCUUGACUGGCCCCUGGGACAAGGACAACUUCCAGGAGGUUUUGCGCACUGUGUCAGCCAACUACCGCACUUCCCCUUUCUUCACUGUGUUUGUUAGCACAGACUCCAAGAACUCCAGCAGAAACAUCAUUCAGGUUGAUCAGUCUGGCCUGGGCUUGCCCUCUCGCGAGUACUAUCUCAACAAGACCACCAAUGAGAAGUAUCUCAACGCAUAUCUGAACUUCCUGGUAGAGUUGGGAAUCCUGCUGGGCGGAUCAGAGGAGACAUCUCGCAAAUUGAUGCAGGAGAUUGUAGACUUUGAAACCUCUCUGGCAAACAUCACGGUUCCUCAAGAGGAGAGAAGGGAUGAGGAGCUCAUCUACCAUAAGAUUCAGGCUAAAGAUCUAAUAACAUUGGCUCCUUCGGUUGACUGGAUGCCAUUUCUUAGAGCAGUGUUUGCUCCAGUUGCUCUUAAUGACUCGGAGCCUGUGGUGCUCUAUGCUACAAAGUACCUCCAGAACGUUUCACAGCUCAUUAGCAACACCAACAAGAGCACAUUGAAUAACUACAUGAUCAUGAAAGUGGUGAGGAAGAUGGUGUCUAUAUUGGACCAGAAGUUUCAGGAUGCUGAGCAGCGGUUUCUUGAAGUCAUGUAUGGUGCAAAGAAGAGCUGCACUCCUCGCUGGAAACUGUGCGUCAGCGACACAGACAGCGCACUAGGCUUCGCCCUGGGGGCUCUAUUUGUCAAAUCCACCUUCGCUGAGGACAGCAAGGCCUUUGCUGAAGAUAUGGUCUCAGAAAUCAAGUGGGCCUUUGAGGACAGCUUGAAACAUGUAACUUGGAUGGAUGGUGAAACCAAAAAGGCAGCCAAAGAAAAGGCGGAUGCAAUAUACAAUAUGAUAGGCUACCCAAAGUUUAUCAUGAAUCCCAAGGAGCUAGACAAAGUGUUCAAUGAAUUUGAAGUCGUGCCAGACUUGUACUUCCAGAAUGUCAUGCAGUACUACAACUUCUCUGGCCGGGUCACAGCUGACCAACUGAGGAAAGCCCCGAACAGAAAUCAAUGGAGUAUGACCCCACCUACAGUGAAUGCCUAUUACAACCCCACAAAGAAUGAGAUGGUGCUUCCUGCUGGAAUCCUUCAAGCUCCCUUCUACAGUCACGCCUGGCCGAAAGCCCUGAAUUUUGGUGGCAUUGGUGUCGUUAUGGGUCAUGAGCUGACUCACGCAUUUGAUGAUCAAGGAAGAGAAUAUGAUAAGGAAGGGAACUUGCGCUCCUGGUGGAAGAACGCAUCAGUGGAUGCAUUUAAGCAGCAGACCCAGUGCUUGGUGGAGCAAUACAGCAACUACAACAUCAACAACGAACCCCUCAAUGGCAAGCAUACACUUGGCGAGAACAUCGCUGACAACGGCGGCCUAAAUGCAGCUUACAAGGCAUACAUGAACUGGAUCCAGAAGAAUGGGGAGGAGACAACGCUGCCUGCUCUGGGAAUGACAAAUCAUCAACUGUUCUUUGUUAGUUUUGCCCAGGUGUGGUGCUCAGUGCGGACUCCUGAAAGCUCUCAUGAGGGUGUGAUAACUGACCCCCAUAGCCCCUCACGCUUCAGAGUCAUUGGCACCAUUUCCAACUCCCAUGAGUUCUCCAAACACUUUGGCUGUAAGGAGGGUUCGCCAAUGAACCCUAAGCGUAAGUGCGAACUCUGGUGACCCCUUUACCACAGUUUAAUGCAUCCCAAGAGCUUGUGGUUUACUCUCUCAUACAGCCAGGAGGACUUGAAUUUAAAUGUUUUAAUAUAGAGCUCUAUUUUAUUCUCCUUGGGACUCAAGAGAAUCUCUUACACUGGAAAGACUACUGGAUGUUUUAAAUGGGAGAAAAACUGGCAUUGUAAAUACAUGUGCUUUUAUUUGUAUUUUUUUUUACAUGGGAGAUCGUUUCUGUUUUUGUUUUACAAAGUUACAGAGCAUCUAGAAAGUAUUCACAGCACUUCACCUUUUCCACAUUUUGUUAUAUUACAGCUUUAUUCCAAAAUGGGUUAAAUUUAUUAUUUGAGAUGAGAGAUGUUCAAUCGGGUUCAAGUCUGGGCUCUGGCUGGGCCAAAGAAGGAUAUUCACAUAGGCACUUCUUUGUUAUCUUGACUGUGAGCUGGGGGUUAUUGUCCUGUUGGAAGAUUAAAUUUCACCCCAGUCGAGAGCGCCCUGGAACAGGUUUUCUUAAAGUAUGUCUCUGUAUAUCUCCCUGCAUUUAUUUUUCACUCAAUACUGACUAUUCUCCCAGUUCCUGCUGCUGAAAAACAUCCCCACAGCAUGAUGCUCCACCACCAUGCUUCACUGUAGGUAUUGGCCAGGAGAUGAGCGGUGCCUGGUUUCCACCAGAUAUAACGCUUUGCAUUUAGGUCAAAGAGUUCAAUCUAUGUUUCUCAUGGUCUGAGAGUCCUUCGGGUGCCUUUUGGCAAACUCCUUUUGGCAGACUCAUCUCAUAUAAUGUUAUGUGUCAUGUACUGAGAAGUGGCUUCCAUCCGGCCACUUUACCAUACAGGCCUGAUUGGUGGAGUGCUGCAGAGAUGGUUGUUCUUCUGAAAGAUUCUCCUCUCUCCACAGAGAAGCACUGAAGCUCUUUCAAAGUGACCAUCGAGUUCUUGUUUACCUCCCUGACUAUUCCCUUCUUCCCCGAUCACUCAGUUUAGCGGGACGGCCCACUUUAGGAAGAGUCCUGGUGGUUUCAAAUUGUGCUCAUUGGAACCUUCAAUGCUGCAGAAAUUUUUCUGUGCCCUUUCCCAGAUCUGUGCCUCGAUAAAUAAGGUAUACAGAAAAUUCCUUGGACUUAAUGGCUUGGUUUGUGCUCUGACAUGCACUGAUAACUGUGGGACUUUAUAUAGACAGGUCUGUGUCUUACAGAAUCAUGUCCAAUUAACUGAAUGUACCACAGGUGGACUCCAGUCGAGUUGUAGAAACAUCUCAAGGAUGAUCAGUGGAAACAGGAUGCACCUAAGAUCAAUUUUGAGUGUCAUGGCAAAGGCUGUGAAUACUUGUGUACAUGUAAUUGCUUUUGCAGUUUCUUUUAUUUUUAAUACAUUUGCGAAAAUCUCAAACAACCUUCUGUCACGUUGUCAUUAUAGGGUAUUGUUUGUAGAAUUUUUAGGAAAAUAAUGAAUUUAAUCAAUUUUGGAAUAAGGCUGUAACAUAACAAAAUGAGGGAAAAGUAAAGCGCUGCGAAUACUUUCUGGUUGCACUGUAUAUAUUUUACAAAUCUUCACAGAAUCAUGUCAUGUAUCGAACAUAACAUUAUUGAAUGUAAUUUUUGACUGUGAAUAGGUGGUUAAACUCAUUUUAACAGGAUAAAAUGCCACAUUACACAUAGAUUUAUUUCAAGUAAGCUGGACCAAUGCAAAUCACUACAGGUGAACAGAUUGCUAUUCAAAAACAUAUUUAAAUUAUUAUUAUUCUCAUAAAAUCUGGAAAUGAAUAGAACCUCAUUUGGAUUAUCUGUUGAUUCAAAAAUUUUAAAUGCUAAUAAUAAAUUAUAAUAAAUAAUUGCAUAGUAUUGGCACAUUAUACAUGUUUAUUGCUCUAUUUUGCCACCUGCUGGAAAAACAGUCAUUAGCGGUUUCCAAUGUUUUGAUUCGCUGUAAGGUCUACAGGACAACUUUCAUUUACAGCAGGUAUUCUAAAUACAGUUAUUGGGAGGAACCACAGGCUAUAUGUAUGAUUGGUGUUUCUUUUCUGACCAAAUGCACAAAAUUAAUAAAUCCUUGACUCACAUUUUUCAAUAUGAGGGAUAUACUACCCCGUAGUGACUUCAUGUGAAUGAAUGCCAAUAAAAACAAUACAUGUAGUAGAGGACAAUGGAAGAUCUAGGAUGACCAUUUACUGUGAAGUUAAAAUAUUGAGACAUGAUUACAAUGAUGUUGUCUUAACGUACAUGGAGUACUAAGGGAAAAUAAACUGAUACUGUAUAUUCAAGUGAUUCACUCAAUAGCAAGAUUGUUUUUAGUGGGGGGGUCUUUGCUCUUAAAGGUUUUGUGACCAUGUGUUGGAUUGGUUUAAAAAAAGCAUUGGCCUAAUACAUUUAGGGAUGCCCUCUUUUAGAUAAAAUAGAACAGUUUAUAACAAAAACACGGCCUCUGAAUAAAUGUGUUGUGAUUGGCAUAAAGUUGCCAUUAGUGUGUCAAGAACAUAAAAAUAAGAGUAGUAUCUCAACCCAGAGCACAUCUUUCCUAAUAAUUUAUUAGUGUCAGGAUUCAGUAGCAGUUAAUAUUAUUCUUUGAAGCAUGUAUACUUGUGCACAAUCCAAUGGUAAUCCCAGCUCAUUGACUUGACAAUUGUGAUCUACAUAUACAUACAAUUUUGUGAUGAUUAUAACAUGUGGUAUUUUCAUUGCUUUUCAUUGUCCGUUUUGCUUUUAGACACCAUGAUGUUGUUUUAUUGAACAUGAUGUGCAAUACUGAUAUGAUUGUUGGUUAUGUACAGCCUGCUGAAGGAAGUGGUUUUUAAUUGGACUUGUUGAAUAGAUAAAUGGAUGGAUGGAUUGAUUGAUGGAUGGAUUAAUGAAUGAAUACAGAGCUGUGUUUAACAUGAUGAAAGAUAUUUGCUGCUUUUUAAAUAUGACAGAUGAGACUGCAAACAUUAUUUGUCCAUUAUUAUGACCAGUAAAGAUAUGAUACAGAUGUAAAUUGUAAAUACAUUUUAUAAUGGAUUUUCUCACCUUAAUGCAAAAAUAUUUCAAUAAAGCUUUAUUCAAAUGCU